CUCCCUCUCAGGGAGUGUACGCACUCCUGCGCUCUCUCCUCCCUACUUGUUCACACAUGCACUCGUCUUCAUGCUGCACGCACACACCCACCGUCUAUUCUGACUGUCUGAGGACUGUGCACAUCAAAGAAGAAGCCUGCUUACGACUCUGCUCGGACACUAGUGGAGUGACAGAUUUUGGACUGGCUGUUUGUGUGUGUGUGUUUGUGGGGGGGGGGGGGGAGAGCUUAGAGGGAAAGUGUUGAUCCAUGUGCUUGAGAUAAAACCAGACACGUCAUUUUUUGGGGUAUUUUUUGUGGCAGAGACGUAACUUUUUCUCACUCACUUAAGGACCCGCUGCUCCUUCUUGUGCCAGUGUCGACUCACUUGACAGGAUGACAUGGCGUCCUCAGUACCGCAGCUCCAAGUUCCGCCACGUGUUCGGUAAGGCUGCCACCAAGGAGAGCUGCUAUGAUGGCGUGCCAAUCACAUGCAGCGUACAGGACAACAACUUCUGUGCCGUCAACCCACGUUUCCUGGCAGUCAUCACUGAGUGUGCCGGGGGAGGGGCCUUCCUGGUGCUGCCUAUCCAUCAUACGGGUAAAGUGGAUCCUCAGCACCCCCGAAUAUCGGGCCACAGAGGCAACGUGUUAGACGUCAAAUGGAAUCCCUUCAACGACUACUGCAUCGCCUCCUGCUCCGAGGACACCACGGUGAAAGUGUGGGAAAUCCCUCCUCAUGGUGUGCUGAAGAACCUCACAGCAGCCUGGAAGGAGCUUCAGGGUCACAGCCGCAGAGUGGGCCUCAUUGAGUGGCACCCGACCGCUAACAACAUCCUCUUCAGUACGGGCUAUGACUACCAGGUGAUGAUCUGGAACCUGGACUGUCCUGAGCAAGUGAUAAAAAACCCCGUACGGACAAUCAGCCACCACACAGACGUCGUCCUCUCCAUGUCUUUCAACACAGAGGGGAGCCUCUUUGCCACCACCUGCAAGGACAGGAAGGUCCGACUCAUAGAGCCGCGCUCAGGAAACCUACUGCAGGAAUCCAACUGCAAGACACACAAAGCCAGCAAGGUGCUGUUCCUGGGCAACAUGAAGAUGCUCUUCACAUCGGGCACUUCACGUUACAAUGACCGACAGUUUGCUCUGUGGGAUCAGGACGAUCUGUCUGUGCCUUUGUCACAAGAGAACCUGGAUGGUUCGUCAGGACUCAUCUUUCCUUUCUACGACCCAGACACACACAUGCUGUACCUUGCUGGGAAGGGUGACGGAAAUAUGAGGUACUAUGAGAUCAGCUCAGAAAAACCAUAUAUCUACUAUCUAACAGAGUACCGGUCAAACCUACCUCAGAAAGGAAUGGGUGUGAUGCCAAAGAGAGGUCUGGAUGUGAGCUCCUGUGAAGUGUUCAGGUUCUACAAACUGGUGACAAUCAAGAAUCUUAUUGAGCCUCUCUCAAUGAUCGUACCCCGCAGGUCAGAGUCAUACCAAGAAGACAUCUAUCCAAUGACUGCUGGUAACAAGCCUGCUUUGUCUGCAGAGGAAUGGCUCAGCGGCAUUGAUAAAGGUCCGGUGCUAAUGUCUCUUAAGCCUGGAAGUCAAGUAGCAGAGUCGUACUCCGAGAUGAGCAAGGGAUGGGGAAACUCGCUGGACACUCGCAGGUCUCGCAGCAGACCAGGCAUGCUGCAGCUGUCUUACAUUCAGGACCAAGUGGGAACCAAAGACGGCAGCGAGGACAGCGGCAAUACAGAGGACGGCAGGAGUCGGACACCCGUCAGCAACGGAGAAGAACUCGCACUUUGCACUCCGCCCAGGACAGAGAAUGAGCUGCGACUGAAGUUCCACAAGCAGCAGGAGGAGAUCCGACGGUUGAGGGAGCUCCUCAACCAGAGGGACGUGCGCGUCAAACAGCUGGAGCUGGAGAUUAAGAACAUCAAAAACUUCCAGUCUCACCAGAGCUCCCUCUAAGACUUGCCCCACCCGCGGGGUCACCUCCUCCGCCUCGAGGAACACAUGCAUCACUGUACAAACUUACUAACCCCUUCUUCAAACCACUACACCUGUUCUUAGGAUCCCGACUCGCCUCUUUACCUUUAAUGAGCCCUCCACACUCACUGCACAGGGGUGAUUUGAACCUCAACUUUUGUGUUUUUGUUCAUUCUGUCUGUUCCACACACACAGUGCACAUAUUCUUUGUUCAUGCAUGUACACUAAAACACUGAGUCUCACCCAGCUGUAAGAUGGUUUAAAACUAUUUGCACCUGUGGACCUUGACCUUUCUUUUGUACGCUUCAAAGCUAUGCAAGUUAUUUUAAUUUUUUGCUUUUUAUGCUCUAUGUAUCUGGAGAUGAAACAGGAUGUCUGUGCCUGUCUUGACUGGAUGAUGUGGCUAACUGCGUGUUUGAAAGUUGUUGCAGGGCAGGUGCAGACAUCCUGUGUGAUCACGCUGAAUUUUUUUUUUUUAUGCUUGGUGAUUGUUUUAUUUCCAAUAUUCAAACUACUGUAAGUGGAGGUGGCUGUGGUGUUUUUAAUGUGUGCUUGAAUGUGUGCUUGAAUGAGAGCGAUCUAAAUGAAUGACAAUAUCAUGAUCCCAGCUGUGUUCUUGCGUUCCAUUAAGCUGCAUAUGUUUUUAUUUUUUAAAUGACUGGAAAUUUGAAAAUGAAUCGAUGUGUUUCACUGCAGCUAUUGUGUAAGCCAAUUCUGUAACUGAUGCCAUGUAGCAGUUCUUAAUUUUUUAUAUUUAUUUUAAAAUACAGGCAAAGAAAAUUGACUAUUUGUUCAAGUACUUGAAUUCCCGAUUGUAAUUUUGCAACAUACAGCAUGCAAACAUGUUUUUAAAAAGGACUAAAAGCGUGCUUUAAUUUUUCCUGAGGUCACUGUGAAAACAACAAUUGAAAGCCAUUGUAGAGCCGUAGUCCUGCACUACUUCUGGGUUAGUUUGUGUUCCACUAGCUUUUAGUUGUGAAUGUAUUUUCUUUAAAAAGGGGUCUUUUAUUGCCCUUUGUAAAAAUCUGAAACAUGACACUGGGAUUUUCUAUUCAUAUUUUAAGCUGAAAGAGAAUCUGCUUCUUCAGUGGAUAGUAAAAUAUGAGCACGUCAUAGCUCUGGUGAGUGAUAGCGGGAGUUCAGAUGGGAGAUAUAAUAUAUAUUGAGAUGAUAGAAAUGUGUGUACCGUCAGAGAUACUAUGUAGUAUCUCUGCUGUAUUAUUUAAUUUACUGAAUUAAACUUCCUAUCUAGUUAUUUCAUUCAUAUACAGUUCCUCAGAACAGGUACAAUGGAUUUAUGAUAUAUAAUGAUUUCACUCUAUGAUUAUUGGAUUUUAUUUAUAUUGCCCAUUCCUUUGCAGGACAUGUAGUUCUUGAAUGCGAACACAAAUUAUUAUUUAGCUUGACAGUUGAAAGCAGCGCUUACUUGCAUGUUCUGGAGCUUUAAACGGUCUUCGUUAGCAGGUCAAGUUUGUAAGUAAGUGGGUUUCAAUGAGUAGAUAUUGUUUUGUUUUUUUGUUUUUUUUUGAAGAUGGACAGCGUUACCAGUAUGAUGUUUCAGCUUUGAAAGAGAUCCUCUGUGUUUAAAAUAACAAAGUCUGGAUGAGGCGAGUGGAAGAGAAGUGAGCUCAACAGGGAGACAAGUCUUCAUCUCAUAAAAUAAUCAGUUUACUUACAUGUGACAGGAAAAACAUCAAUGUUUUAUUUUUAAAUGCUUAGCUGUGAUGAUCUGUUAAUUUAACCGCAAAGACUUAAAUAACCAAAAUGUACACAAAGUCACACUGAGCACUUGGUGAAGUCCAUGCUAAUGGAAUUUAAAAAUGCGUUUUCCCUCAAUGAACUUCUGAAUGGUGUUCAUAGUUUUUGCCACUCUGCCAUCAGACCAGUUUCUUAUAUUAGUUGCCUUCAGAAUUUAAACAUUCCCUUGUUCGCCACGUUGAGAGGAACAAUUCUCUGCCUUGUAAAUAUGCAUAGAUGUUACAGAAGUGCUUGCAGAUAUUAGGCAACACAAACCGUAUAGAUGUUCAUCCCAAGAUCACCACUCGGAUACAGCACACAUUAUCACGCGUGCCUGUAUUUAUGUAGUCAUAAGCACACGCACCAUAAUGAUAUUCUAGAUUUGGCUUACAUUUCAUGGCCUCUUGGGAAAGAUGUAACGCAUGGAAACUGCCAUACACACCCGAGCACAUACAGACACACUGGCCUCAAUACAACUGUGGACCUUUUGACCUCUGGGAGGACAGUUCUAGCACAGCUUCAUCUCUAGCUGACUUUUGCCCAGGAGCAGCAACGCCCCGGCCGUAGUAAAUUGGUGGAUGAGUCUCAACACAUUCCCACAGUGCACUGCUGUGCUUGCAGCUGACGUGGACUUGCUUAAGGGCUGAUUUGGUUAUUUGAACACAUCACAACAGAUUGUAGAUUGUACUUCCAGAGCCAUUCCAACAAGCUUAAAUCGUGUCAAUGUUUCCCUCACAACUUAUUCAAAUGGAUUUUUCCCAAUCCCAAAAAAAUAUUUUAUUUGUAUUUUAUUAUAUUUCUCCUUCUGAAAGGUCUCUCUGGAAAUGGACGGAUGAACUGUUGUCUGCCAACAUUGUGCAUUUAAAGAACAGUCAUUGGUUAGCUUGGGAAUUAAAUGCUUGAUGCAGUUUAUACCACAAAUAAAUACUGCACACCUCUAGCUAAAUAACAUAGCCAAUGUUAUUUUUCAGCCAAUUUUUUUAGCGCCGUUUUAUAGUGACUGAACUGUUAACAGCAUAAUUUGUCUUAUACAGCUUUUGAGUGCCGUCAACGGCCAGCAGGCCGCACUUUGAGCAGCUAUGAACUAUGAGAGGCUUUAGUUGUAAAUAAAUAGUAUUAAAUGCUAUUUUGUGUUUCCUACUCAAAAUAGUUGCUAAUUAAUGCUUUUUCAUUGAUAGGGGGAUAGGCAAACACACCAUGAUUAUUGACACACCCACUUAGGAGACAAAAGUGUUUUCCAUUUCAAACCGUUGGAGGAGCUUGUUGUGCAUCAUCUUUGUUAUCGAGCAAAACCUCCUGAUUGUAUUGAAUCAGGCAAGGGUGUGUUUUAUUGGUUAUUAUUUCAACUUUCAUUUGUAAGAGCAAGGAUGGUAAUGGUAGCCUACUUCUCAGCCUGUGAUAAAAGAUGAAUAAUUCCCUCCGUCUUCUUUAAGCAUUAAGCUUGUGGAAUAAACUGGUUGUGUGGAAUUUAAAAGACAUGGGCGUCGGCUUGUUAGGGAGGGUCAAACAAAAAAGAUGCUCUUGGUUGCAUCAAGGGAAAUGAGGCUGCCGCGAUUUAGAGCUUGACUCGGGAACAAAAGUCAGGACAUUUUGACCAUUCUGUGAAUUCACCAGCUUCAUUUAAGUGCAGCACUAAAUCGCUGGAGUACUCCUCUAAAAUGAUGAAUGCUGGAUUUUUGAUUUGAUGUUUCAAAAGCAACAGUAUGACACCAAGACAACAGAAUGAUGAGCUCACUGCUAGCUAGAUCAACAAAUAUCCACUCAUAUAUUUUGAUAUUUGUGGUGUACCACCCUUGUGCCAGCACAACUAGAGUAUAAUUUCUAUUUCCAGGUUUUAUACAUUAGAAUGAAUUAUUAACAAUAACCAUUGGGAGUGGAAAAGCAAAGUUGUUUCUUCACAAAUCUUUUUUUCUUGCUGUUUUCUCCAAAUUAUCUUAUGAAUUAAUCAUCACAAUGUUCUGCUGAAGUAAUGAUUACUUUGCUCUACUAAAAAUUGUAAUAGAUGGAUCAUCAUUCUGUGGUUUUAUUAUUAAUGUGUCCAAUACCAAGUCCUCAGAAAAACAUCUCAACAAGCCAAAUGACAACAACAAUAUCAAUCUAUUCCAGAGACCUAUCGGUAUUAAAGCAUGCAGACACUGACGGUCUCUUACUUUAUACUGGAACAAUAAGCUGCAGAGUCGACUGUAGCCUUCACCGUCUGAAGAUGUCUGAUUUUAAUAAAUAACAGUUCAUUAAAGGGUUGUUGCUGGGUUCAUAUAAGCCUCACUGUGCCUGAUCUAGAUGCAUUUUAAUGCAGUUAUUGUGAUUUCCUUCUAUUUUUCUGUUAAAUGUUAUGCCGUUUCUUUUUAUAUUGUUUCGAAAUGUAAGAAAAAGAAUAAUGAAUCACAUAAAAUCUAUUUGUCUUCCCUAAUAGGGCAUAAUACCCUCUUUCACAAAACAAUGAAUUGAAGUAAAAACAUUUAACUCAAUGGCUCAACUACAUUAACAUUUAAGCAGCUAGCUAUUUCUGCUACAAAGUCAGCAGUGCUGCUUGCAGGUCCUGCAGUUCCCUCAGUAAACUGUUGACUAUUUGGAGUCUGUGAUGCUGCAGCGUGUAGACGGCUAACAUUGUUUAUCUGUACACGAUUGCCUGGCUUGUGUUUAAAAUAAAAAAGGGCUCUAAAAGAAGCAGCAGCCUGGAGA